CUUGCAAAUAACCCCUCACCGCGAAGAUGCGUGGAUCCUGAGGGUCGAAGAACCGGAUCGGGUCGUCGGGCACACCAACCAAAUGACGUCGUUUUUGAACCAUUUAAAUUGGUUGAAACGGCGCCGUUUUCAUUUCCUUAAAAAGGCCUAGUCAUGCCUUCAUUCAGCCAAAUCCCUCAUGCAGCCCUAGCCUUUCUUUUUCCCUUUAGCCGAACCCUAAGUCACUACCCCAAACCAAUGAUUCCCAUCCCCCCAGGCAACGAACUGCUCAUCCAACCCCGGAGGAUGAUUUUUAGCCUCAAAAUCUCCUUCUGGCUUCGACUUCAACAAAGCAGAAGGAGAUCUACGGCGUACCCCAGGUACGAGUGCUGUACUGGCAUAUGGAGGCGCGUUGGCGUGUGUACGGGAGCCGUGUUGGCGUACGGAGGCUUGGUGUGGUUGCUGGAGGCGUUGUACUAUGCCUGGAGGCUGCAGGGGUUGCGGCGCAAAUGAAGGAGGGGUGACCUAGGGUUGCUGAAGCAGUUUUAGUUUUUGGGCCGUCUGGGCCUUAAGGCUUUGGAUUGUUUUGUAAAUGGGCUGUGGGUUAUUAUUAUUAUUUAUUUAUUUUAUAUUUUGUUUUUGGGUUUCCAAUGGGCCGGGCAAAUUGGCCUAUUUACACACAUCUCAAUACUAUUAAUCGAACUGUCUUAUAAAAUAUGAUCAAUUCAAGUUGAAAUUUUGAAAACUA